GGUUUAAGAGCUCGAAUUAAGCGUACUGACAGGGAAUAAAGUCGGACGUCAGCCAAAAUCACAUAAAGAUCCUCCAGCAAGUGUGAACAACCAACAGAGUGCUAAAAUUAAAUUCAUCUGAAUUAUAUAAAAUCAAUUUUUGCGUUAAAACUCGUACAUUUCCAAUGGCUUUCAAGUACAAUACACAAAUGAUCCUGCUGAGCUGCAGUUUAGCUGUGCUCUUCGGCUUCUCGGAAGCCCUACCUCGAUACAGUCGAACCAAGGACCUGGGAACAUCCGCCAGCUCCCCCAGCUUCGCCUAUGCACCCAGGCCACAGGAACCGAUGACCCUCACUGGGAACUACAACCUCAUCAUGCCCGACUACUACGAUCACCAUCCCGCGGAGUCUAUGCAGCUGCAGAACUUUGCCAACUUCUACGAUGCCCAAAUGAGUCCCGACUUCGAUCUCGGAAUGGAGGAGUCGCAGUUCUUGAGCCACACUCCGGUGAGGGCACCUCAGCCCUUGACGGCCGAGGAGAAACGUGCUCGCCAGCAGAUUCCCCACGUGGACAUCAACCGGGAGAAGAAGGCGCUGCUCAAGCUGAAGAAGGGCAGCACCAAGCCCAGAGGAGCCGAUCACCAGGAGUGGGACCAGUUCGACUACGAUCUGUACAGCCUGAAUCCCGGCGAUAGCAAGAAGUACAACUACGAUGCCUAGAUGGAUUCGAUUCCCUUCUAUAUCGACUGUAUAUGUUUAUGUUUUUGUUUUUCGUUGGUUUAAGCUCACAAAUAAAUUAUUUAUUUAUUGUUAACUGUAAUCACAUUUUCGUCAU